AUGCCCGUGUCUGGUGUCUGGAGUCUGGGGUCUGGGGUUGGGUGUUGGGUGUUGGGUGGUGGGUGGUGGGCGGUCGAAAACAACGUCAGACGCGUGCUGGACUCGGCGGCGCUGCAGGGUUGGGAAGGAUGGGAUCCACAGCGACGCGGUGCGUGCGAGCGUGUCGGCAGCUCACCACUCGCGCGACGCAGCGGAGAUGCAGCGGGAAGCAGAAAGACGAGGCGGGCGGGCACGCAGCAGCAACGGCGGCGGUUUGCGCAGGCAGACGGCGGGCGGCGGGCGGCAGGCGGGCGCUGGCUUGAAUGCGAGGUCGUCUGGAAGAUUGGCUCCAGCGAAGACGGUCGCGCACGGGCAGCGCAGCGCAGCGCCUUCCCAGGAACCGCCCCUGGCCGACGCGGUCCUGCACCGACAACCAACCAUCACCCGCGCAUCCAACCCCUCCACACGUCGACGCACUCUGGAGCCGUCUUCUGCACGAUGGACUCACUCUCGGCCGCCGUCCCCCGCGCCCGCAUCGACUUCUCUCACCGUCUCACCGCGUGCUUCACCCACCGCGUCUGGCCCAGCGACGUCAUCGCUCCCCGCACCGACAGCACACGGUCGAAUGCACAGACGUCUUGCUCCACGACACUCGAAAACUAUGGCCUUGGACCGGGGACAGAAUCAUGA